ACGUGACACACACGCGGUCGCGUCACGCAAACACAUGGUGGACGCUGCAGAUCUAGCCUGUUUUUUUGUGUGUAUUUUGUAAAUCGGUAGGAUGAAGGUUAAAGUACUUUGCAGAAACCCGGACGAUUACGUUCGAGAGACAACCAGAGAUAUACAGCGAGUGCCUAGGAACUAUGACCCCACACUGCACCCUUUUGAGGUGCCCAGGGAGUACACCAGAGCCCUAAAUGCCACUAAACUCGAGAGGGUGUUUGCCAAACCCUUUGUGGCUUCAUUGGAUGGACACAGAGAUGGCAUCAGCUGCAUUGCUAAACACGCCAAAAGCCUUUCAACAGUCUUAUCUGGAGCAUGUGAUGGAGAGGUGAAAGUAUGGAACCUCCCAAAGCGGGAGUGUGUGAGGACCGUCCAGGCUCACGAAGGAUUUGUACGUGGAAUCUGCACCCGCUUUUGUGGCACUUCCUUUUUCACGGUGGGAGAUGACAAGACCAUCAAACAAUGGAACAUGGAUCCGCCAGGAUAUGGCUUGCAGGAGGAACCGCUUAACACAAUUUUGGGAAAGGCUGUGGUCACAGGUAUUGACCAUCACCAGAGGGAGGCAACAUUUGCCACCUGUGGCCAGACGGUGGAUAUUUAUGAUGAGCAGAGAAGCAGCCCCAUCCGGUCCUUCAGCUGGGGUGUGGAUAGCUUUAGCUGCGUCCGAUACAACCCAGUGGAGACAGAACUUCUUGCCAGCUGUGCAUCAGACAGAAGUGUCGUCUUAUAUGACAUGAGAGAAUCAACACCGCUCAGAAAGGUCGUCAUGAAAUUGAGAAGCAACACACUUUGCUGGAACCCAAUGGAAGCGUAUUAUUUCACCUGCUCCAACGAGGACUACAAUCUCUAUACUUACGACAUGAGACAUCUGACAUGUCCUGUGACUGUGCACAUGGAUCACGUUUCCGCCGUUCUGGAUGUGGAUUAUUCGCCCACAGGAAGAGAGUUUGUGUCCGCCAGCUUUGACAAAACCAUUCGCAUCUUUCCGAAGGACAAAGGUCACAGCAGGGAGGUAUACCACACCAAACGCAUGCAGCACGUUAUAUGCGUGAGAUGGUCGGCUGACAACAAAUAUGUCCUGAGCGGAUCGGAUGAAAUGAACAUCCGGCUGUGGAAGGCCAACGCAUCGGAGAAGCUUGGAGUGUUGUCUUCCCGGGAAAAAACUGCUGCAAAUUACAACAAGAAGUUGAUAGAGAAAUUUCAGCACCAUCCGCAGGUGAGGCGCAUCGCCCGUCAUCGCCACCUGCCCAGAGACGUCCUGAAGCAGAAGAAACAACAGAGGGAGAUGAAAGAAGCCAGACGCAGGAAGGAACAAAAUGUGCGCAAACACAGCAAGCCUGGAUCUGUUCCCUUGGUGCCAGAAAAGGAGAAACAUGUGGUGGCUGUAUUGGAAUAAAAGAUUAUUUAUAAAGGUUGUAUCGGGGAAAAGGUGUCUGUGCUCCAUACAGAUGUAUUUCGCCCUUGUCCUCUCUUUAAGUAAAGUACCAAGACAUUUUUUUAAUGUAUAUGAACUUUCAGCAUACUGCAGCUGUCAUGUGGGAGCAUUUAAGUUUGAUGCAUACAAGGUAUGUUUUGUGACGUUUCAAAAGGAUUUUUACAUGUACAAAAAGGAACAUGGACGUACUAGUAUUUUUUCAUGGGGUUAGUAUGAUCAAUAAAAACUCUUUAUGCAUAAAAUUAAAAUAAAGCCCAAACUUUUAAUUAUUUAUUAAAAAGUACAGAAACAUGUAAAUAAUCCGUUUGCUGGUCAUCGUCCCAGCUUUUUCAUGUUGUUGCUGCAAGACAUUUUUUACUUGUUUCAGGUAAGCCAUUGUUGGGCUUUUCAUCCUGUAAAAGUUUAUCUCUACAGUGAGAAAUAAGCCUUUAUUUACCUCUUAGGCCCAUAAUCCAAUCAUAUCUGUCUGAUCUCAUUUAAAACUCAGGCUGUGCAUCCUGAAGAUUCUGAGGGUUGUACGUAGUGAUCGUUUUUUGAAGGACUAUUCAGCCGACAUAAAAUUUUAAUUGUAUCUAUUUUUUUAAUGUACAAUACACAAAAUGUCUGACAAACAUGCCUUUAAAGAAGAUUAUUUUACAAGUUGCUGAACAGAGACAAGAUUUCGUUUUUUUAAAGCAGUGUUUACAAUGAUGUAAAAUUAAAUGUGUUGUCUAUUA